AUGCAGUCUUUCCGUGCCUCUCCCUGGGUCACCUACGACCCCUCCCACAGUACUCGCAAUGCCCACGUUCACUCGGAGGACGGAGAUGUCGAUAUGGACGCACCUCGUAUAUCCACCCUUCGAGACGAGGCGACCCCACCGCCCCGACCACUAAAAAACACAACACCGAAACCGAAGAAACGUCCCGCACCAGCACCAGCACCAGCCGCAAAAGAAGCCGAUGAUCAAGAAGACGAAGAAGACCAGCUCAUCGACGAACUCAUGGAUGAUGAUGACAAUGCUGACUUACCGAAGGCAUCACCUUCCUCCCGCUCAAUUGAUCCUUCCAGCAAGCGUAAGGUGUCUACGUCGAACCGCAAACCCCGCAAAGUCGAGAAGAAGCUGGAAGGGGAGAGAAAGACAAAGCAAAGAGUCACACAACCAACGGACUCCAUCGACAACUCUCCGAUGCGUUUAAUCGAGGAGUCUUCUAGUGUGAGGUUGAAGAAGAAAGUUUCUCCCCGCAAGCCUCCUGCCAUCCCGCGAGCCAAAACCAAGCUCGCUACCAAGCAAAAGUCAGCUAUUCCGUCUCUACUUCUUGAAGAUCCUGGCUUGCUGAGUGAAAGUUAUGCCGGAACGGCAGCCUCUUCGCCCGUCACGGUUCAAUUCGAACAGAACUCCCCAGAGCCGGAAAACAUGCCCCCCAGCUCCCCUCCUGCUUUGAUGGAAGAACCACUCGUGAACUUAGAGAAUGUUCCGAUUCCAGUCUACCCUCUCCCAACAAAGCCAUUUCCCGUCCAACCUCCUCCAAAAAUUCCAACCGGCUUUGCUCCUUUACUGCCUCUAGAUAAAAGUAGCAAGAAGGUGAGACACUGGCGUGAAGCCAAUCGCGAAAUACGCGGUAUUGCUGGCGGGCGAUGGUUUACUCGAUCUUGGGUGGGUGACAAGGAGUCUGAAUAUGCGUCCUUUGUCGGUGGCAACCAUGCGCCGAGCAAGGUCGCAGAUGACAAGGCCUCCGCCUCAGGUCUCGCCAUCCCAAAGCUCUUUACGGCUUCUAUAUCUGCACCCGCUUCGACGAAAGCACUGGGAAAGCUGAAAGCCUCGUCUAAGCCUGGCUCCGCUGCUACUUCAGCCACGCCUUCUCGUGCCCCAUCUGCUGUUCCUGAAGUGCAGGGGUUCUUGACAACCAGUGCGGUUCGCGCACCUACGAAGAUGCGUAUAUCCCAGCAGGCGUCGAUGUCCGAAGGAGCCGACUCUGAGGUGGGGAUCACCCAAGAGGCCUGA